UCCCCUCCUUUCCUCUCUCCGGUUCACUCUUUCAGCACCGGUUUUUUCAUUCUUUUCUGCUCCAGCCAUGUUCUUCCACGACGACGUCGUCCAUUCCCUCCAGUUCCCAUCAUGCCCACUUCCCGAAACCAUGCUCACGCCAAGUGAGGUGCAGGAGUUAUUGUCCCUCGUUCAAGCCAAGGAUCCGGCCAGUCCAAGCUCCGGUUCGCAAAGUUCGAGUCGAGCGGUUUACUCGUUGGACGAGAGAAAGCGCAGGCGCAUGCAGUCGAACCGGGAGUCAGCCCGGCGGUCCCGCUGGAGAAAGAAGAGGCAUCUAGAGAACCUCACGAACCAAGUGAACCGCCUAAAAUUUGAAAACCAACAACUCAAAAACCAGCUAGGCUUCACCCUUCACCAGCAUCUCAUAGUUUCCCUAGAGAACGCCCAACUAAGAUCCGAAUCCGAAAUCCUCACGACCCGGCUGUCGCAUCUCUAUGGGGCUUUAGGCACCACUCUAAGCCCUUAAACAAAAAUGAGGAACAAAAGAAAGACUAUAUAUGUAGAGAUCGCCCAUUAUAUAUACAAUAAAACUCAUUCUCACGUGCACGAACAAGAAACCAUGGUUGGUGCAUGGAGGUGAUCUAUAAGGAAAAUGUAAGGCAGUUUAGCUAGCUGUUUCUUUUGUUUUGUGUCGUAAGUAGCUAGGAGAAAGAGAAACGAAAGGGGUGGUUUGGAGAAGCCUCACGUCGUUGGAAGUAGAAUGUAAAGAUGUGAGAGGUCUUGCUUUUUGAUAAUGUUAUCAACUUUUAUUUUU